UCUCUGUCUCUCUCCUUCCCUAUCUCUCUGUGCCUCUCCCUGUCUCUCUCUCUCUCUGUCUCCCUGUUCCUCUCCCCCUCCCCUCCCCCCUUCCCCAAGUAUCAGAGGGGGCAGAUACACUGGGGAGGCCAGGCCGACAGACGGGGGAAUCUGCUCAGGGACCCAGGUCAGUGGCUUAAGCAGGGGGAUGAGGAAUGGUGGUCUGGGGAUGUGAGGAUUGGGGGUGGGGAAAGGCCUCAGCCUCUGGGGCCUGAAUUUCUGCUUUCAUGAUGGGGGGGGGCUGCUUUGGAGCUACUGAUCUAGGACCUGUCAGACCCACGUGUGUCUGUCGGGUCUCCCCCCAAGGGGCCCCCUCCAUUCCAUUCACUACCUCCCCUGCUACUUCUCCUCCCACUCCUCUCCACUCUCUUCUCAGCUCUCAGACCAGCUUCUUUGCCUUCAUCUUCUUUCUAUUCUGUUCUUUUCUCUGCCCACCUCCUUCCUUCUAAGGUCCUUCUCUCUUUCUUGCUGUGAGCUGUGUCUGCCUGUGUCUCUCUGGGUGACUUUGAAGCUUCUUCUUUAUUGAGUGUUCCCAUCCCUCUGUUGGGGGAGCACCCAAGGUUCUGAUCAUUCCCUGGACCCAUUGGUUCCCUACUGAUGGGGUGUGUCUAUUUCCCUGAAGAGAGGGGCUUUUCUUUCUCUCCAUUGAGAAACAGAGGUUGGGGGGAAGAGUAUAGAUUAAAGUCUCAGAGAAGAGGGGAAGCCUCAGUCAGGUGGGUUUCUGUGCCUCUAUGAUUGGGGUGGGUGUCUCUGCCCCUCUCUGAGGUCACCUAACUCUGGUAUGAGAAGGGGGGGUAUCUCUCCUCCUUUGAAGGAAAUGUAUUUUUGUGAAGAGAAGGGGGUAUAUCUCUGUUUGGGGGGUCCAGGAGUUGUAGGUCCUUUGGGGGAAUGAAGGGCAAGGGAGAGGCUAGUUGGGGGCUGGGGGAAGCAAAGUUUCAGGCCUAGAGAGUGAUAUUCUGAAAACUGUCUCUGUCAGGGUUUUUCCUUGGUCCUUGAUGCCUGGUGUCUAUUGGAUCUUGCUUCCUAGUUUUCCUUGGCCUCUAUUGCCUAGUUUCCUUUAGAUCUCUGAUGACUAGUUUCUUUUUGGUCCCCAGUGCCUGUUUUUUACUGGACAAUGACAGCUAGAGUCAGCUCCCAGGGCAGGUAAAUUCAGCCCUGUGAACAUCAAGGAAUUCCCACACCGAGCAUUGACUUUGACACCUGGAAAGAGAAAGUGAUUCUGUAUAUGGUAACUGUUGUUGAUUGUUCUUUGAGUUUUUAGAAUGUUCCUUCUGUACCCCAAGCCAGGAUCUCAAUCCUGUCUAAAUGGAGACACACAUCCCUAGAUUCCCAAGAGAGGAGGGAAAUGCAGAUGAUUAGGACUUCUAUCUCUUACUGAUAAGUCACUCCUGGAGGGCUUCCUGGAGGAGCUGACCCCAAACUGACUCUGGGAGAACCCUUCCAGGUGCUCUAGGGUUAUCAUCUUUUCCCUCUCUUUCCAACCAUUUACUCACUAAUUCUUCAUUAGCCAGCAAGUUAAUUAGAAGAAGCAGAAGUAUUUUCCUCCCUCCCCACCACCCCCAGCUUGUCUCUGGGCUUCCCGCCUAAAUGGGCUCUGCCCAGCAGCUCCUUGGGGCCCCUGAGGCUCAGGCUGACGUUGGUGGGAGCCUCUCCCCACAUCGGCUUUUCUCUGACAGGCGAUGACAAUGCUUUGGCAUCACAUCAGCUCUUCCUUCCAGGAGCAGGGCAGGCUCUGAGGCUUGUCUUCCCCCUUCUUCCCCUCCUCCUCCUCAUCCUCCUCCUCCUCUCUUCCUUUUUCCUUCUCACCCCCUCCUUAGUUUUCUGUUACCUUUUCAUUAGUAUCCUACUCUUCCCCUUUGCCCCUCCUCCUCCUGUCUUCUUUCCCUCCUCCUCUUUCUCCCUUUCCUGCCUUCUAAUUCUUCUACCCUCGCUUCCAUUCUUUUCUUCCUUCCUUCUCUCUGUUUACUUCUUUCUCCUCUAUUCUUUCCCCCUCCAUGUUCUUUCCCAUCCCUUCCCUCCCCCCCUGACUAUUCUAUUCUUUCUGGGCAUCCUUCUGGAGACCAUGGGCACAGAGAGGUUCAGCAACCAUCCUGAGGUCACACGGCAGGCAGAGCUGGGAGCAGCUCACUGAUCACCUUGUCGUCUCUGGGGUAUCAUGAAUGGCCACUCCCGUUUUGUGGGCCUGCUUCGUGGUUCUUGCUGCAGGAGUCGUUGUCUAUGCCCAGAGACACAGCCAGCAAGAUACUCAUGUGCUGUACGAACGCCUGGGCUCAGACGUGACCCUUCCCUGUGGGACAGCAGCCUGGGACACAGCGGUCACCUGGAGGGUCAAUGGGACAGACCUGGAGGCUGCUCACCUUAAUGGCUCCCAGCUGGUCCUUGAGGGCCUGGACCUUAGCCACAGUGGUCACUAUGCCUGCUACCAGGGCUCCUCCUGGCACCUGCAUUACCAGGCCCUGCUGCACGUGGGCAUGCCACCCCGAGAGCCUGUCCUCAACUGUCGCUCCAACAGCUACCCCAAGGGAUUCUACUGCAGCUGGCACUUGCCUACACCCACAUACAUACCCAACACCUUCAAUGUGACAGUUCUACAUGGCUCCAAACUGUUAGGCUGUGAGAAGGACCCAGCCCCCAAGAACCGGUGCCACAUCCGAUACACACAUCUCUUCUCUACGGUGAAAUACAAGGUCACACUGACGGUCACCAAUGCCCUGGGGCACAACUCCACAGCCAUCACCUUCGAUGAGUUCACCAUAGUGAAGCCCGACCCUCCGGAGAAUGUUGUGGCCCGGCCUGUACCGAGCAGCCCUCGACGCCUGGAGGUGACCUGGCAGACCCCCUCCUCCUGGCCCGAUCCCGAGUCGUUCCCUCUCAAGUUCUUCCUUCGAUACCGGCCGCUGAUCCUGGACCAGUGGCAGCACGUUGAGCUAUCUGAUGGCACUACACAUACCAUCACCGAUGCAUAUGCUGGGAAGGAGUACAUCAUUCAGGUAGCUGCCAAGGACAAUGAAAUUGGGACGUGGAGUGACUGGAGUGUGGCUGCCCACGCCACACCGUGGACCGAGGAGCCCAGAUACCUUACAACAGAGGCUCAGGCUCCAGAGACCACCACCACCACGACCACAUCCUUCGUCCCCCCUCCCACCACGAAGAUCUGUGAUUCUGGAGAGGUUGGGGAUGGUGUGGGAUCCUCAACCAGCCUCCUGCUGACUGUGACCGUGACUGUGACAGUGACCACCAUAGCAGCCAGUGGCUUCUUUAUUUAAGUCCCUUUUUGCAUUCCUGUGGAAGAAAAUGCUGAGAACAGAAAUGAACAACAACAAAAGGCUCACAAAAAAAAUCACACACACACACACACACACACACACAAAACAGGAAAAAAAAACCAAAACAAAAAAAAAGAUACCGUUGGGAUUCUCGUUUUUCUAUUUUGCACACAGUCAGGAGGACGUUUCACGUUGUCUCCAACUCACUUUAUAGAGACAACCUUGGCCCCUGACUCCCCUCUUCCAGCCUCCUGUCCCCAGUCUAUACCCUCCCUCUCAGCUACCUGACACCUUUCUCCCCUGGCCCUGCAGCCUGCAGCUCCCCUGGCUCUCUGGUUUUCUGUCUCCUCUCCAGCCCUCAGGUCCCACCCCUGAGCUCCUGGUCCCUUGCUCCCUGUCCUCCCAGCCUCCACUCCUCUCAGUCUCCAGCCUUCCCCUUUUCCCUGGUGGAGGCCCCCAUAUCCUGGACAGGGGACAAGCUACUUAAGAGGAGACCUCCAGCCCCUCCCCUGUAGGCAAGAGAGAGAACCAUACAGCUAACCCACCCACCAAAGACAUACCCCUUCUCCUUCAUCCGGGUCACCUCCCCCAGGCCCCUUCUCUUGGGGGGGCCCCAGAGGACUUGGGUAGGGGGUGAGGGGGCCUCACACACCCCCUAAUGCCAGCAACUUUCCCCAUACCUCUGGCCCAAGUGCCCCCCUCUGGCUCCAGUUCCUUCUGCUGUAUCCUCCAGAGCCUUUGCCUCGGCUGGCCUGGAAGUUCCCAAGGACUCACCCAUUCCCCCUUCACUCACAGAUUCCCAUUCCACAUGCUUUUUGGUCUCCCCAGGCCCCAGGGCUUCCCAACUCCUGUUUUGUAUGGACUUCCCUCACCUUGGCCCUCCCCAAAGUAUUUAAUGCCCCAUUCAUCCUAGUCAAACCCAGUGGUAACUUGCUGUAUUUGAAUUUUUUAUAGAUGUAUAUAUACAGGGGAGGGGUGGGUGGGAAGGGAAGAAGGGUUCUCAUUAAACAUCGCCAUUUCAUGA